AUGCUGCCAGCCAAAGACAACGACACUGAGACAUACGCAUCUCCCAUCGAUCAAUCUGCGGAAGAAGUUGCCAAGGACAAGUCAGCUUUUCAGAGGCUGAAAACAUUUCAUGGCCGCUAUCUAAGUAGAGAAACAUAUCAAGGCUCGUUGAUUUUCAAUCUAUGCGCCUUCCUCCUCCCAGCAUUAUACAGCACGCUCAGCAAGCUAUGGAUCGCAAACAUCGACCCAACCCAAGUGGUCACCACCGAUGUCUACACCUACAUCGGCACCGUGGCAAACGUCCUCAACGACGGCCUUCCAAGAGCCGCUUGGCUCGUCAUCGGAGACAAGGCCACCAGGACCAUGUCCUCUCGACUCGGCCUAUCAUACACCCUCAUUCUCUUCCAGACCGUGCUAGGAGCCAUCAUGACCAUAGUAUUCAUCGCGGCUUCCAAUCAGCUUGCCGCCGCCUUCGUCCCAGCGCAAGUCAGAGAGGCAUCCAUAACAUACGUUCGCAUCUCUUCGGUCUCGGCACUGUCUUCUGCCAUGCAAGUCGCUGUAUCGGACUGCACACGGGCUUUGGAUAAUCCGGAUGUACCGUUGUUGAUCAGCUCGACGAGUUUCGUCAUCAACAUCAUGCUCGACCUGCUGAUCAUCUCCAAGUUCCAUGUGGGAUCAUGGACGCCAACGAUCAUUGAUCAAGCCCUCAUCAGGCUCGCUUGUGACAUGAGCUCCGCCGUUGCUGGGCUUGUGUACUUUAUCUACAUUGCGACAAAGAUGCACCGAAAGUCCAGUGAAGACUCCGAUGAAACGAUAAGGCCCGGUGUCAGAGCCUUCAAAGUCCUCGCCCGUCCAUCAGUCUACACUUUCACGGAGUCCGCAAUCCGAAACUCGCUGUACCUGUGGCUCGUCAGCAGGAUCAUUUCCCUCGGCGAGAACUAUGGCACUGCGUGGGGUGUGUUCAACACGAUCCGCUGGGGGCUGGUCAUGGUGCCAGUCCAAGCUUUGGAAGCAUCGACGCUAGCAUUCGUUGGCCACAACUGGGGCCAAUGGCGAGCACGCGUGGGGGUUGGGUUGCGAAAGCCCAAAGCCUCCAGACGGGACCUUUUGGGUAUGGUUUUCCCAUCUUUCGUCGUGGCUUUUGGUCCCCUGCUAACCCUCCGCUCGGCGACAGACAUCAUGCACCCAGCAUUCAUCUCUUGCGUCAUUGCCCUCGUCGUCGAAGUCCCGGUCUGUAUCUGCCUUUCACUAUGGGGCAUGGAAUCCUUCGCGUACUAUCUCUCCGACUCCACCGAAGUCGCAGCGAUAACCAAGAAAAUGUGGAAGAACAUCGACUGGUGCUACAUCUUCUACGCGGUCCAAUACCAACUCGCCGCCAUCCUCCUCGCCACCAGUCCCCGCUGGUACCUCUACCAAGCCCUCGGGUCCAACUUCCUCUGGAUCCUCCCCUGGGCCAUCGUCGUCACCAAGGUCCGGCUGUCGGAAGAGCGCGCGUGGACCUUCUACGCCAUCAUCUUCGGCGGAGCGCUGGUCUUCGAUCUCUUCGACGUGGGCAUCACGCUGGGACUUUGGGCCUGGCGGUUAGCGAAGGGGAAGGUCUCGCUGGGGAGGGUCCACAGUACGCUCUAG